AAGAGAGGAACUGGGAGGUCAGGGGACUGGCUUCUGCCUGUGACCCAGCUAGUUACCUUUUUCACAAAGCAAGCAGAGAAAGCUACCUGCUGAUGCAUUUAAUUAGCCCGUUCUUUCCCUCUGGUAAUUCAGUGAGAAACUCAGGUUUUCCCAGUGAGAAACUGUUUGCUAAACUUUCUAGAUUUUUAUUGGCUUAACUUUUAGCAUCUUCUGAAACUUUCAAUUUUUUCUUUUUUUAAAUUUUAUUUUAUUUUCAUGACUUUAACAAAUUAAUGUCCAGCUUCUCCUAAUUUGAAACUGUAUCUUUUGUGCAUCUGAUGAAAUAAAAGACUUGGGCAGCUGCUUGCUUACCACCAACCCCUCUUCUGCCCAGGCGUUGAUGUCUGCCCUCCCACACUAAUGGGUAUAUGGGCAUCACUACCACCUGGUUUAAAUAUCUACCUUUUAUUAUAAGACUAGAUUUUCCUGGUCAUCCAUUCUUCAGAUAUAUAAAGAAUAUCAGUGUCAAUUUCAACCCAGAGUCAGAACUGUCUCUGCUUUUAUCUUGUGUUGCAGAUCUGAGAUUAGAGUUCAGUAAAUGUAAACGUAAUUCUAUGGAGGAUAAUAGCUUAACAUCAGCCUUUAAUAGAGUGGUGAUGUUAAUGAAACAAUAUGAUGCAGUUAAAUUGGUUUCAUAUGCAGGAACAAAAAGAGUUGAAAACUCCAAAUGGUAAUAGAAGUCUUGCAAGAGGGCAGAGACUGGCUGCCCUCUAAUUAGUAAGUGGUAGGGAUGGCUUCUUCUUUUUUAAAGUAAAAGGUGCAAAACUUAUAUACUCUAAGGAGAAACUAGAGUAUCAUGACUUUUUAAAUUAAUAAACGAUCAGUGGCUUUUUAGAAAAGUUAUCCAAAGGGAAAUCAUCAUGUACUAUUGAGUCUACACCAUGCUUCCUGUUAGGUACUGUCUUAGUCAGGGUUUCUAUUCCUGCACAAACAUCAGGACCAAGAAGCAGUUGGGGAGGAAACGGUUUAUUCAUCUUACACUUCCAUACUUUGUUCAUCACCAAAGGAAGUCAGGACUGGAACUCAAGCAGGUCAGGAAGCAGGAGCUGAUGCAGAGGCCAUAGAGGGAUGUUCUUUACUGUCUUGCUUCCCCUGGCUUGCUCAGCCUGCUCUCUUAUAGAACCAAGACUACCAGCCCAGAGAUGGUCCCACCCACAAGGGGCCUUUCCCCCUUGAUCACUAAUUGAGAAACUGCCUUACAGCUGGAUCUCAUGAAGGCAUUUCCUCAACUGAAGCUCCUUUCUCUGUGAUAACUUCAGCUGUGUCAAGUUGACACAAAACUAGCCAGUACAGGUACUGAAAAAGAAAAGAUAAAGCAGGGCUGUAACUCAGUUGAUAAAGUGCUUGCCUACUGUAUAUGAAAUGCUAAGUUAGACACCCAGCACCCAGUGAUUGUAUGCCUGUAAGCCCAGCACUUGAGAGGUAAAGGACAGGAAGUUCAGAGGUUCAGGAUCACCCUCUAGUAUACAGCAAGUUGGAGGCAAGCCUGGGCUACAUAACAUCAUAUCUCAAGGAAAAAAAAGUAAAGAAAGAUGGAAAGAAGAGAAGAAGCAAGAAAAUAAGAGUCAGAAUUAAGCAUAUUCUAAUGCAAGUUUCAAUUCAUUUAAAGAAGCUCAAAGAUAAGAAAUUUUGGGCAAGUUUUCUAUGUCCUAGUUUGGUGCUAUCAUUAAAGGCUUUAUUGUCACAGAUGCUGUAUGCAAAACAAUUCCAUUCAUGUCCCUGAGGAGCACUUAAACAUUAUUGGCUUGACCAUAAAAUUCCAUCAUUCCAUUAGGAAAUCAAUCUUUCCUAUGUUUCCAAAUGUAAAAUGCUCAGGUUUGUCAUUAACGUCCUACCAGUGACAAGAGAAACCUAUAAGGUUUACCCUUGCUCAUCCUUUGCUGACACAUUUGCUGUAUUUGUUAACUGUGACACUCUGGGCCAAUUGUUUGACUUCUCUGGGUACAAGGGAUGCCCCAAGAAGAAAGAAUAGCAAUCUCUCUCCCACAAUGGCUGUAAGAGUCAAAUGAAGUAGACACUGUGUGAGUGUCUAGCUGAGUAUUUCUCAUUCAUCCACUCAAGAAAUGCUGACUGCUUGGAUGUGGUACCCAGGCAUUAGGUACAAGAGAGAUGCAGUAAACAACAUAGAAGUCCCUUUGACAUUUCCCCUCAGGAACCACUAGGCCCAUCUAGGUUCCUUCCUCAUAGACACUCUCCCUCUACUCUAACCCUUGAAGUCUAAAGCGUUUGACUGCAGCCCCUGGGAAAGCCUUUGCCACACAAAUCUAAGUGGCUUCCUUUUACCCUGAGCACCUGCCAGUCUCCAGAGCAUCAGGCCACUUCCCUCUGCACCUAUAGAAUUCUUCUCUCCUAGGAAACUGUGUGUGGCUCUAGGUUUGGUAGUCCCCAAAGCCACAUCUCCAGAACUAGCCUUGGGAAGCUAUAGAUCUGUGGUUCCCAACCUUCCUAAAGCCAAGACCCUUUAAUACAUUUUCUCAUAAUGUGAUGACCCUAACCAUAAAAAUUAUUUUUUGCUAUUACAUGACUCUAUUGAUAUUUACAAUACUGUUAUGAAUCGUACUGCAAAUAUCUAUGUUUUCCAAUAAUCUUAGGAUACUCCUGUGAAAGGGUCAUUUGACCCCCCAAAGGGGUCACAAUCCAUGGGUUGAGAACAGCUGCUGUAGAUACUAUGAGAGAAUAGAUUCUCUAGUCCAGUCCUGAACAUACUGGACAUUAAGUCAAGAGAGACUUGCCAGGCUGGAGAGAUGGCUCAGUGGUUAAGAGCACAUAUGUUCCUGCAGAAGAACCUAUUCAGCUCCUUGUAGACAUUCUGGCCCUUUCACAGCUGCCUAUAACUCUACCUCCAGGGAAUCUGAUACCCUCUUCUGAAGUCUUUGGGCACAGUACACAUAAAUACACAGAGACACACAAGGAGCUUAAACCAUUUUUCAAAGACCUUUAUGAGGAAUGCUGGCAUUUGCUCCUUUCUGCAACCAUUUCUGUUUGGUUUACUCUUCUUACAUCAGCAGGUGUGUCACUCUGCUGCUCUGUCCAAGAUCUACAUACACUUCUUUUUCUGCUUCUCCAUCUCCCUAAAGCUCUUCUGCUGAUCUUGCUUAUCUCCUGCAUGGAAAUACCUCUCGCUAUGUGGAAACUGAACUAGGUGUGGGCUUAGUGUAUUGCUAGGCCACUCUUGGACCCAUACCUUGAAGUCUGUACUGGACAUUGGCCUUCCCCACCCAUAUGUUCUCAUGACUUUCUAGGCUCGUGCCUAUGGUUUCCUGAUGGGAAACAAGCUAUAUUCAUGCUGUUUGUAGACCAUUCUAAGGUGAUGGAAAAAGGAACAACUGGUUGCAGGAACAAAAAACCCUUAAACAAGAUAAAUCUCAUUGUUAGUAUGGCUUUAUCAUAGCUUUUAAUUUGAUAGGCUAAAAACACCUUUUUAAAUGCAAUUUUACUGAAUUUUGAAAAAAAUCUAUAUAUCCAGGCAGCUACUAAUCAAUAUAAAGAACAAUACAAAAAAAAAAAAAAAAAAAAAAAAACCACCCAAGUUUCCCUUGUAACUUUGCAACCAACCCCUGUCCUCACCAGUUCCUUUGAUACCCUGAGAGACACUGUCCUUGUAGGCUGGACUUUUUCAAAGUAUUAUACAUAACAUAUCAUAACCUAGCCUGAACAUUGUCUUUACGGUAAUUGUGUGUUUGAACAGCUGCUAUGACAGGCUGAGUUGCUUCUCAUUUUGAGAGUGUCUAGCAUUUGCAAUCUGAUUUAAACUGUAUUACUUUGUGGGUCCUAAUCCUUACAGCAGUGCAUGGCAGUGACUACAGAAUCCCCAUGAAGCCAGCACUGUGUCCUGUCCUUCCUUUAAGAAAGACAGAAGGGCAGGGUACUUGGUGAAAGGCUCACCAUAGCUAAAACUUUCCCCCACCUGCCCUCUACAUCACCCACUGCCCUUUUCAAACUCUGAUGUUUCCCCAAUAAUGCAGUAGAUACAGGAGACAUAGCCCCUGCUGCUGUACCAGAGGAAGGUAGGUAAUGUUAUAUUCAGAAUACAAUCAUUUUACACAACUCCAGUCCAUGUAUUAGGCGUCUCCUUGGGUACUUCAUUGUGGCUGCCGCUCCUCUGUCAGAUCGGCUACCAAUAAUCCAGGAAUCCACUCCAUGUUUUCUACCCUCCCUUCACCUGCUUUUCAGUAGCUCAGAGUUUGAUCUCACCAGUGGUGGGAGCAGCAGGCAGAAAUUCCAGCAUCUGGCGACAAAGGACUGUACUAGGGGCGGCUGAAGCAUUUCUGGCCAGUGGGAAAUCCACCUGCAUCCCAAGGCAAGGGCAGACCUGAGCAAGCUGAAAGGAAGAGGCAAGUAUGGCCAACUGAAACGGGAAAAAUCGACCAAGAAAUUCACAAAUACAACACCCCAGGCUUCACAGGCUGCCUGUCCAGAGUCCAGUUCAACCACAUCGCCCCUCUCAAGGCAGCCUUGAGACAGACAAACGCCUCAGCCCACGUGCACAUUCAGGGUGAGCUGGUGGAAUCUAACUGCGGGGCCUCCCCACUGACGCUUUCCCCCAUGUCUUCAGCCACUGACCCUUGGCACCUAGAUCACUUGGAUUCAGCCAGUGCUGAUUUCCCAUAUAACCCAGGACAAGGCCAAGCUAUAAGAAAUGGAGUCAACAGAAACUCAGCUAUCAUUGGAGGGGUCAUCGCUGUGGUGAUUUUCACCAUCCUCUGCACCCUGGUCUUCCUCAUCCGGUACAUGUUCCGUCACAAGGGCACCUACCACACCAAUGAGGCCAAGGGAGCUGAGUCAGCCGAGAGUGCAGAUGCUGCCAUCAUGAACAACGACCCCAACUUCACAGAGACCAUUGACGAGAGCAAAAAGGAGUGGCUCAUUUGAGGGGUGGCUUUUUAGCCAUGGGAUAGGGAGGGAGGAGUUAAGGGAGGAGGGGGAGGGACAGAGCACCCUGCGUCAUACCCCUGAGCACACGCUUACACUAUCAGCACAAGCUGGGGAAGGCAAGCAACCCAAUACUCUUAAGACUGAUGGCCACACAAAAUAUACUUUUUAAUAUUUCUUUAUAGCUGAGUUCCCGCCCCCUUCUGUAUCAAAACAAAAUAAUACAAAAAUGCUUUUAGAGUUUAAGCAACAGUUGAACUUUGUAGGUACUAUCUGUCUUAUUUUGUGUGUGUUUAGAGGUGUUCUAAAAACCCGUGGUAACAGGGCAAGUUUUCUACAUUUUUAAGAGCCCUUAGAUCGUGGAUAUUUUUUUCUCAAGAAAAACUGAUACAUAUCCAUGCAGCCUCCGACAUUCUCUUUCUUUUGCAUCUAGUCGACUUUUAAUGGGCUGUUGUAGCAACUAGUUUGUGUCCAAAUAAUAUUUCUUUUGGUGUCCCAUAAAAUGGAAAUGAGAAAAGGGGCAAAGAGCCUAUUUGCCCAGUCUUCUUCAAUGACACCUCAGUCUAGGCCAGUUUUCUGAAGGUUCCUGUCUGGCUUAGCCAGGGAAGGGAGAGUGAGUGGCCUGUCCUGCAGCAAUGGAACCAGCACACGUGGAUACAAGCACCCAAGAAUCCAGCUAAUAAAUGCAUAUUGGGCUUAUUGCUUUUGUUUUUUAUUGACUUCUACAUGCUGAUGUCCCAUGUAUGUAGUCUUAGACCUGUUUAAUAUCUGUAACUAUCAGCUAUAAUAUUGUGGUGACCAACUGCUAUAGGAUUUUGCCUCUGUUUUAACUACAACAUAUUGGAUUGUAUGUGUCUGUGCCUCCAUGGGGGAUUAGAGCCAGAGGGAAUGUCUUCUUUGCUCUGUUUCUUUUAUAUUUAUAACAAAAAUAUGGAUACUUUCUAGUGAAUGCAUAAGUUAGUGUGCUUUUCUUAUUUUGCUUUAAAUUUCAAGUUUUUACACUGCUGUGAUAAAAUCCUCACAGAUAGCAUCCUCUGGAUGGCACAGUACAAUAAAGCCAACUUGCAGCUGCUGUUACUCUGGAAUCAUGUGGGAGACACUGCCAUAUUUUAAACCAACUUUAUCACAGGAACUCUAUCAUGAUACAGAGACCUGUGACAGACACAUUAGAAUCCGAAGUCACCAUCAACCUGAUCAUCAGUUAUGGCUUCUCUUCUAGAGAACAUGAUUGUCUAGUGAAUAACACAUCUUAGGGUAAUCAGGAAUCUUGGGAAAUUUGCUCCAAAAAUUUUUCUUGAUUUUAUGUAACAAUAAUAGGCUUUGUGUAAGUAAAUGGGAGCAAUUCUUCCUAUUGGAGCACCCAAAAAGAAUUUAAUCACUUUAUUUUUUUAAUUACACAAAAGUUCUCUCUUGAAUGGUUGCCAUUUAUAAUUGUAAUAUGUCGGGCCUCUUAUACUUAAAAAACUCUUUUUAAAAAUUUUGUAGGCUCCAACAUUUUGAGGAAUUAAAUGUGAUGAUUCUUUCUCCUCUUUGAAGGACAGUGAGGUUAAAAUAGUAUGAUGCUAUUUUUCUCAUGGUCUGUCUUAAUAACCUGCGUAUUUCUACUUAGUUGGGAUUUUACCAGACACUUUCAAGGUUCUCCAAAUGCUUAACUUAUUGGAGGAUCUCAAUUUCUUGAAUAACGGAAAACCUUAUCCCAAGCUGCUCUUUGCACAAGUUUAUAACGGGCUCCAAAAGGAUGCAAGGGGAGGCAAGUGCCCCCCCCCCCACCCUUGAAUCAAGGAAACAGAAUAAAAGGGAAUCCUGAGACUCUUUUUAAUUGCAAGCAGACCUCAAACAGUCCCAUGAAUACCCUGGAUUGUCAAGCCUUGCUCAUUUUUUCAUAAAGCAGAUUAAAUGGAAAGGUAUGUAACAGAACAAACUGUGAAAACAAUUGUAGCAUUUACUUAUGAGAGCACAUUUGAGACCAAAGGUCAUCUUAUUUCAUCGAGAUACCUGACCAUAGUGCAUUCUUCUCCAUAAUUUCAAAUUGAAAAAGCAAAUGUUUACCAUGAUGGCUUGAAAUUGUUUCCAAUUUAAAAACAACUUAUUUUACAGGCAUUACUUUUGCACCUGACAAAUACUGUCAGAUAGAAAUGCAUGCCUUCUGUACUUCUCUUCCCCAAAAUGAUUAGCAAGAAAAACCAUCAAGGACAGCCCCAGUGUUAAAGUGUUCUCACCCUGUCCUUCUCCUCACUCUUUCCUUCCCUUAUUUCUGCCACAAAAGACAAAGACUGAGGGCCAGUCCAUCUCUCACAUAUUAGCAAGGCUAGGGUGCUGAAUGUCAUCAAUUAAGACACACAGGAGGUCCACUGACACAGCUUCUCCUAAGCAAUUACAGGAUGGCUGGCAAACAGGACACACAAAGGUGGGUACAGUAGUAACUACAUUAAUUGCUAAAUGAGUCCUAAAGUUUUAACCUCUUCUUGGAAUGACGCCGCCCUUAACCAAGCUAAUCACAUCUGUGUAUGACAGACAUGAGUGCUCUGUUAUGAAUGGGAAAUAAUUGCUCAUUUGAAGAAAAAGAAAGCAAUUCUCUGUUCCAGCUCUUCCCUUGACAGUUUUCCAUGACACUGCUUCAAUACUCAUGGUGUACCAGACUUGCCUGAUCCAAUUCUGUUCUUCUCCACUACCAUCUCAGCAUCUUAUAUCCAGUGUAUCAUCCACCAAGCACAGACUAACGGAAAGCCCUGUAAGCAAUAACAAUAUAUAAACCAAAAAAAAAAAAAAAAAAAAAACCCAA